AUGCACACAAGAGAGAGGGAGAAGGAGAAGGAGAAGCCCAUGAAGGAAGACACGUGCCCACAAAGGAGAAGAACCCCUUCCUUCUCCUCCUCUCUCCUCGACGCCAUUUACCGUUCCAUCGACGAGUCAAAAUCCAACCUUCACGAGGAUCAACAACUGGGUCUCUUCGAUCAAACCACGUCUGAAAAAGCCUGCAAGAAAGAAAGAAUGAAUCUUCGCCGAGCCGUGAUGCUAGAAGAUUGGAUGGAGAAGCAUAGUUCGCAUUCUCAUUCCCAUUCCCACAGUUUGCAGUUGCUAAACUCGAGUUCAAGCUCCUCAGAAUGCAGCUCUGGGGGGAUAUUUUCCUCUUCAGAAACCGACACGACAACCUUGAAGAAACAAAGACCAAGACCCACAUCGGAGAAGAAGAAACAAGACCACAGGGUUUCCGAGAAGCAGAAUAAAGAGGGUGGUUUCGCAAGGACCAAGUUGCGGGCGUUGAAAAUUUACGGCGAAUUGAACCAGAGAGUGAAGCAGCCCAUUUCACCAGGGAGUAGAAUCGCUAGCUUCCUUAGCUCCAUCUUCAAUUCCCAGAACGUGAAGAAAGCCAAAAUGUGUUACGUUGGUGCUGUUGAAGAUGUUAGCUUGGAACACAAAUCAAAGUCCCCGUGUUUCUCUUCCACUCCUUCUUCGUUCUCGAGAAGGUCUUGCAUGAGCAAAACACCUUCAUCGGCUAAAAAGUCCAACACCAACGGGGUCAAAAGAUCCGUCAGGUUUUACCCCGUUAGCGAAAUCCUAGGUGAGGAUUCUGAACCACAGCCUAGUCAUCACAAAUGUAGCAACAUUUAUGAGAGUGAGCCUAAUCUCAUUGUGAGGAAGGUCACGAGAAGUUCUUCCAGAAAGGAGCUGAAUAACACUGUUCGGGGAAAGGAAAAUGGAGCUGAAGAAGCAGCAGCGCGUGGUUUUGUAAAAGGUUACCGAAAUUCUGGUAAGGGUGAAUUUGAUUUUAGAGGCUUUUGUGGUAACGAAGACGAUGACGACGAGGAUGAAGAUGAAGAGGAUGACGACGAUGAUGAUGAUGCGAGUUGUUCAAGUUCAGAUUUGUUUGAGCUGGAUCAUCUUAUUGGAGCUGCAAGGUACCAAGAAGAGCUUCCUGUCUAUGAAACUACCAAUUUGGAAACCAAUAAAGCCAUUGCUAGUGGUCUAUGUUUGUAG